AUGUUGCCCAGUGCAGUUGAAAAGUCCACGACUAUGGACGACCCCCUCUGUCGGGACAAGGGCGACGUGUCCGGCAGCCAUGAGCACGUGUCCGGGCACGGCAACCUCCCCGGCUACUCGUCUCUCAAGUACGUCUGCUCAGAGGUGACGGAGCCAGUGUCGGGGGCCACCAAGCUGCGCAAGAUGCUCCUCGAGACGGAGGAGCUCGUUGUCUGCCCCGGUGUCUACGAUGGCUUGUCGGCGCGGACGGCCAUCGAGCUGGGCUUCAACGCCAUGUACAUGACAGGAGCAGGCACCACGGCCUCGAGGCUGGGCCAGCCAGAUCUGGCCAUUGCCCAGCUCCAUGAAAUGCGCGAGAACGCAGACAUGAUUGCCAACCUGGACCCCUUUGGCCCCCCCCUGAUUGCCGACAUGGACACAGGCUACGGAGGUCCCAUCAUGGCUGCCCGUACGGUGGAGCAAUACAUUCGGGCUGGAGUUGCCGGCGCGCAUCUCGAGGACCAGGUCCUUACGAAGCGCUGCGGCCACCUGGCGGGCAAGAAGGUGGUCCCGCGAGAAGAGUAUUACGCUCGCAUCCGCGCAGCCCACGCGGCACGAGUCCGCAUGCGAUCCGACUUUGUCCUCAUCGCGCGCACGGAUGCGCUCCAGUCCCUCGGCUACGACGAGUGCAUCGAGCGCCUCCGCACGGCGCGAGACCUCGGCGCCGACGUCGGCCUCCUCGAGGGCUUCAAGUCCAAGGAGCAGGCGGCCAGAGCCGUCAGGGACCUGGCCCCGUGGCCGCUGCUGCUCAACAGCGUCGAGAACGGCGCCAGCCCGACCAUUACCGUCGACGAGGCCCGCCAGAUGGGCUUCCGCAUCAUGAUCUUCUCCUUUGCCUGCAUCGCGCCCGCCUACCGCGCCAUCAAGGAGACGCUCACCUUGCUCAAGACCAAGGGCAUUGUCGGCACGCCCAAGGACCUGACGCCCGUGCGCUUGUUCGAGGUGUGUGGCCUGCAGCACUCAAUGUCGGUGGACGUCGAGGCGGGGGGGCUUUCGUUUGCGAAUGACAAGGCGUAA